GAGAGCGAUGCAUUGUUCUUUCAGGAGUUCCACCCCCUUGCGUCGCCAGCUGCACACAAGCUGCAUCCUCUCAUGAUCCUCGUGGACCUCCUUCAUUUAAGUUGGACGUUAGCGACCCUUCCCUUAGUAUUGUUCCCUUCCUUACGAUUGUUGUCCCGCCAAGACAUCCGUUCUUACUAUUGUUCUUCACCGUCGGUUGGGGCUUCGAACCAUUCCACCGGUUCCGUUACGUCCGACCUCAAGACUUCCAAAGGGGCUCAAAUUUAUUCUAGAAGACUUAAAAACGUGGUCAUGUCCCUCGUCGGAACCAUCAAUUCUCCUUCCUCAAAUUCAUUCGCCGGAGCUUUCUUGGCUCUGCAACCUCUGAUACGUCCAUCAUGAAGUUCUUGGUUACUGUCGCGUCUAUCGCGCUACUUGCCGUGGGGGCGGCUGGGCUGCCGCCUGACAGGAACGGUGGUAAUGCAGCUGACCAAUACUUGGUGAAGUCUCUACCUCAAGUCAACUUCAAAAUCCCAAAAUCAUGGGCUGGCAGUCUGAAGGUUGGCUCGGGCUUCGGCACCGACUCCCUUUUUUUCUGGCUAUGGGAGGCCGAGACGCAGCAGGGCAAGAAUGACCUUAUUAUCUGGUUCAAUGGUGGCCCAGCAUGCAGUUCUUUACUUGGGCUCUUCAAAAUACAUGGUCCGGUCAUAUUCCCCAAGGCGGCAACAAAGCCGCAGCGCAACCCCUAUUCAUGGACCCGAGGGGCGAAUGUCCUAUAUAUCGACCAGCCCAUUGGCACAGGCUUCAGUACUGGCACAUCUAACAACACGGAUAAUGAACACAAUACUGCUGCUGUUGUGAAAUGGCUUGACUCAUUCUUCAACGUGUUCCCGGAGAUGCGGUCCAAGAAGAUCCACCUGAUGGGUGAGAGCUACGCCGGCGUUUUUCUCCCAUAUAUCGCCAAGGAGGUCCAGGCGCAGAAGGCAACUUUGAAGGUUAAGCUAUCCACUCUCAGCCUGGGAGAUGCGUUCUGGGGAAACUGGGCAGCGAUGAACAAUGUAGUUGCACUCGCAUACAUCGACGAACACCGAUUAAGCUACGGGACAAAUAUCCCCCCCAUCAUGUAUAACGUGCUCAAACAAGGCGACAAAGACUGUGGCUUCCCUGCUGUCCGGGCCCAAAUCACAUAUCCCCCCUCUGGCCCCAUCCACAUCCCUGGCAACCCGUCCGGGGCGAACUUCAAACGCAACGCUCCCACACCACCACCCGGCUACAUCCCCGAGAGGUGCGACUUUGAGGGCGGCACCAACACCCCCGAACGUCUCGCCUACAUCAUAAAUUACACUACCUGUUACGGCAUCUGUGACCCUUACGACGCCGCAUACAACUACUAUCUCUCUCCCUCCGCAAACCGCGAAUUCCAACCAUACAACAUCAACGAGCACGGCUACGAUAACCUCUACUCCGACGGCGCUUACAUCGCCUAUCUUAACCGCGCUGAUGUCCAGUCCGCCAUCCACACCCCCCACAUUCAAUUCAACCCUUGCAACGAUGACCUCGGCGGCUUGCUCGUCUCAAACGAUAGAAGAAUCCAGCCCCAACCGCCCGCCUACACCAUCGUCCCCAACCUUAUAUCCCAAGGCGUCAAAGUCCAUAUAUUCAACGGCAUCCUCGACUACGUGAUCCCGCACAUGGGCCAGGAACUAGUACUCCAGAACACCACCUGGGGAGGUUCCCAAGGCUUCUCGCGCCCUCCGACCUGCGACGUAUUACGCAAUUCCAAGGGACAACAAGUCAGCCAAGGGCGCGAGGAGAGGGGGAUGAGUUACUAUACUUUUCAGAACGCCGGACAUCGUGUUGCUCAGGAUGAUCCGGAGGGGUCACUGCAGUGGUUGAUAAAGGUUGUGGUUAGGGGGCCGAAUGCGGCGUGGGCGUGGUCGUAGAGGUUGGUGGGGAAGGGAUGGUAGCUUGGAUAUUGGUGUUGUUGCGUACUGUCAUUUUCGUAUCAAGGUCUUUCUUAAUAUAUGAAAGGUGAUAUCUA